AUGACAAGAACAGACAUUCUAUUAAGGGACAAAAACCACAAGACUAAUACGGGGCAUGAUGCUAAAAUUGACAUUUCCGUGACGGAGGAGCAAUUCGGUGAAUGCUACGUCAAAUAUACCCAUAAAUGGGUAAAUGGGUCUGCUAUUUUAGGUCGCAUGUUGUGCAGAAAUACUCUACAUUUCUUAAAGGGAUACGAUCCAAAAGAUGUGGAGAGUGUAUCCGUUUACUUUUGGAAGGACGAUGUAGAUUUGAGAAAUCCCCUGAUGCUUGAAGUUUGUCCAGAUGGCGUUUUAUUCACAAGACCGAACUCUUCAAACACUUGGUGCAUGUCUACCGGUAACAAACUGGAUACACUUGACGGUCAACAUAAAAUUUUUAAUGGAGUGGACAAUAUUCCGGCUAGAAAAUACCAAAGAACAGCCCGGGCCAAUACAAUUCCCUCUUGA